UUGCUGAAUCAGCAAUUGCUCAUUUCCUCAGCUAAUCAAUCAAGAUCGAACGAAUACUAGCCGCUUCAACGAUCAUCCCGUCAAAUACUACGGAAACGGCUACAGUGACGGUGGACUUUUGACUCUCGUUGCCACAAUCCCAUCCACAGAUGUUUGUGCAUUACUUGCUUGCUCCCGCACAAAUGAUAUGUGCAGGAUUGAGUGAAGGUGGUAGUAGCAGCGGCUCCCUGGAUUUGCUCCUCCAAUUCUCUCCUGUUUCAUCGCUACUUUUCUUCUAGACAUUUUGAGGUUGAUGGAGUCGUUACGUUGCUGGUGAAGUCUUUUUUUGGAUUGUGGAAGCACGGGUUGGAGGUCGGGAGAUGAGGAGUACGGCGUCGAGCCUGGACGGAAGGGGCGGAGAGAGCCCCGUGGAUGGGAUCGAGGUGGAGAGCCCAGGAAUUCCCUUCAGCGGUCCUCUGAGUGGCCCCCUGAUCAGCCCGAUCAACCAGCGGGGUGGCGGUAAGAAGAGCCCCCGGUUCAGUUACUCGCCUUCGCCGUCCUCGGCCUCCUUGAAGGGGAAGAGCGAUCACGACGACGAUGAUGACGAGACGUAUGUGGAGAUCACCCUGGACGUGCGCGACGACGAGGUGGCAUUCCACAGCCUGAAGGCGGCGGCGGCCGGCCGAGGGGACGCGGAGGUGGACCCUGACGUGGCCGCGCUGGCUAGGGAGCUGGAGAGACGCGCCGGGCUCGGAAAGUCGAUGAUGCGCACGGCGUCGUCCAAGUUCAAGCAGGUGUCGCAGGAGCUCCGGCGGCUGGCGUCGUUCACACGGCGGCAGGGGCCGGGGAAGUUCGACCGGACUAAGACAGCGGCCGCCCACGCCCUCAGAGGCCUCAAGUUCAUCAGCAAGGCCGACGGCGCCGCCGGGUGGGCAGUCGUCGAAAAGCGCGUCGAAGAGCUCUCUGUUGACGGCAUGAUUCACCGCUCUCGCUUCGGCCAGUGCAUCGGAAUGAAGGAUUCCAAGGAGUUCGCAGGAGAGCUGUUUGAUGCAUUGACGAGGAGGAGACGCAUCAAUGGAGAUAAGAUAACAAAAUACGAGUUGAAAGAGUUUUGGGAUCAAAUUUCCGACCAGAGUUUCGAUUCCAGGCUUCAGAUCUUCUUUGACAUGGUUGAUAAGAACGCCGACGGGAGAAUCACAGAAGAGGAAGUGAAAGAGAUUAUCACGUUGAGCGCGUCAGCCAACAAUCUCUCGAAGAUUCACGAGCAAGCAGAGGAGUACGCUGCGCUGAUCAUGGAGGAAUUGGACCCGGACAAUCUGGGAUACAUCGAUAUAUACAACCUGGAGAUGCUGCUUCUCCAGGCACCGAGUUACUCGUCGCAGAUCGGCACCACAAACAGUAGAAACCUGAGCCAGAUGCUGAGCCAGAAGCUGAGGCCGACAAGGGAGCCGAAUCCCCUGGUGCGGUGGUACCAUGAAGUGCGUUACUUCCUGGAGGAUCACUGGAAGCGGGUGUGGGUGGUAGUGCUGUGGCUCUGCGUCUGCGCCGGUCUCUUCUGCUGGAAGUUCGUCCAGUACCGGCAUCGGGCAGUGUACCACGUCAUGGGCUACUGCGUCUGCGUGGCCAAGGGCGCCGCCGAGACACUCAAGUUCAACAUGGCCCUCAUCCUCCUCCCCGUCUGCCGCAACACCAUCACCUGGCUCCGCACCCACACUCGCCUCGGCAAGGCCCUUCCCUUCGACGACAACCUCAACUUCCACAAGGUCAUCUCGGUGGGCGUUGCCGUCGGAGUCUGCCUCCACGCCGUCUCGCACUUGACGUGCGACUUCCCGCGAGUGCUCCACGAGACGGACCAGGAGUACCAACCCAUGAAGCGCUUCUUCGGCAACUCGCGGCCCGGCGACUACUGGUGGUUCGUGAAGGGCACGGAGGGCUGGACCGGGAUUAUAAUGGUCGUCCUCAUGACCAUUGCCUUCACGCUCGCGACCCCCUGGUUCCGCCGCAACCGUCUCCGCCUGCCCAACCCCUUCAAGCGCCUCACCGGCUUCAACGCUUUCUGGUACUCCCACCACCUCUUCGUCGUCGUCUACGUCCUCCUCAUCGUCCACGGAACCUUCCUCUACCUCACCAGGGAAUGGUACAAGAAGACGACAUGGAUGUACUUGGCGAUUCCAGUGAUCCUCUACGGAAGCGAGCGGUUGAUCCGAUCCUUCCGUUCCAGCGUCCGGGCAGUCAAAAUCUUGAAGGUGGCGGUCUACCCAGGCAACGUUUUGACUAUCCAAAUGUCCAAGCCUCAAGGCUUCAAGUACAGGAGCGGGCAAUACAUAUUCGUCAACUGCGCUGCUGUCUCUCCCUUCCAGUGGCACCCCUUCUCCAUCACGUCGGCCCCGCAGGAUAAUUAUAUCAGCGUCCAUAUACGGACGAUGGGCGAUUGGACUCGGCAGCUUAAAGCCGUCUUCUCGGAGGUGUGUCAGCCAGCAGCAAGUGGGCAGAGCGGUCUUCUGAGGUCGGACUACGACAAAAACAACAAACCCGUUUUCCCGAAGGUAUUGAUCGACGGGCCUUACGGGGCUCCGGCCCAAGAGUACAAGAAGUAUGAGGUGGUGCUGCUUGUGGGGCUGGGCAUCGGCGCCACGCCCUUCAUCAGCAUCGUCAAGGACAUCGUCAACAACAUGAAGCGGCUGGAGCCCGACGAGAGCGACAGCGACGGAUCCUCCUCCUCCGACCGCGAGGACCAUGUGACGGAGGAAGGCGGCGGGAGUGGGAGCGGCAGCAGGAGGCACGGGCUGACGCUGUCGGCGUCGGGGUCGAGCUCGUCGUGGUCGUCAUCGUUCAAGACGCGGCGGGCGUACUUCUACUGGGUGACGCGGGAGCAGGGGUCGUUCGAGUGGUUCCGGGGGGUGAUGAACGAGGUGGCGGAGACGGACAAGAAGAACGUCAUCGAGCUGCACAACUUCUGCACCAGCGUAUACGAGGAAGGCGACGCCCGGUCGGCGCUUAUCGUCAUGCUGCAGUCGCUCAACCACGCCAAGAACGGCGUCGACAUCGUGUCCGGUACCCGCGUCAAGUCCCACUUUGCCCGUCCCAACUGGCGCAACGUCUUCAAGCGCAUCGCCCUCAACCACCGCGAACAACGAAUCGGAGUGUUCUACUGCGGAGCCCCAACGCUGACGAAAGAGCUGCGUCAGCUGGCCACGGAUUUCUCACGAAGGACCAGCACCAAAUUCGACUUCCACAAAGAAAACUUUUAAAAGCAUUCAUUCAACAGUGCUAAUUAAUGUUAAUAUCACACCUAUCUCGAAAGCCUCUUUGUACGGUUAUUGGUUUUGCAGCAACACCUCUUGUCAUCUGAAUAAGAUAUUACGAUCGACGACCUGAGAGAAUGUCCAAUAAAAUGUUGGCUGGAGGAUAUACAGCGUUCGUCACCAAUAACUCGGUGACAACUUUCCCUGUUCAUCUUUUGUUAUAUUCCUUGGCUCGGUGUAAAAUUUGGCAGUGGAUUCAACGGAUUGUUAAUUAACCGUGCAGUAACAAAAUACACAGAGGCUUGUACUUCCCAUCAAGUGUGUACAAAUUUGGAGGUGGUCGGAAGGCCCGUCCUUAUUUCAACUUAUAAGGAAAUUUCCAAGUUGGCUUUA